CCGUGCAGUGGAUGCAUGACUCCUGUAACUACGUGCAGACACCCCCACGCAUUGCAGGGACCGAACCUAUCCCCAAAUCUGCCUUUUGGGGGUCUGCCUCCAGAGCUACGGCCCGUGCACGGGGUGCACACCCGCCACCGCGGCCUCUCGCCCCGCGCACCCCCACCGCCCUCCGAAGCCCCUCGGGGCCGUCUCCCCCGGAGGUUUUCACCGCGGAGUAAAGGCCCCGGCGUGGGGCCGCCCUGCCCUGCACGGCCCGGCCUAGCAGCCCGGAGACGGGCCACGCCACACUCUAGGCCCAGGCCGCAAGGGGCGGGCCCGACCCGGCGCCGCUGUCCCGGGCGCAGGCGCCGGCGUGAGGUCGAGGCUGUGACGGCCGGGCUCGGCGGCUCCAUGCGCUGCCAGGUCACGGUGCUGUACUUUGCCAGGAGCGCUGAGCUGGCGGGGCUGCGCUCCGAGAGCGUUUCUGUGCCGCAGCGGAUCACCUCCCUGCAGCUCUGGGAAGAAAUUGUUAAGAUUCAUCCAAGGCUUGCUGUCAUCCGGGAUCAAGUGAUUUUUGCUGUUCAGCAGGAGUACGUGUUUCUUGGAGAUCAGCUCCUGGUCCUGCAGACAGGAGACGAGGUUGCCAUCAUCCCACCAAUUAGUGGAGGCUGAAUUUAUGCAACUUCUGUUAGAUCCAGAGAUGUGAUGUGCAGUUCUCCCCAUCUGCCUCUGAUAUUCUUUGGAAAAAGCAUAACUUGUAUUCCUGCUGGAGAGAGUCAUUGUGCUGACCAGAAACUAUAAGGUGCUGCAUAAAUAAAUAAUUAACAUGUAUGCAGUAAAUGGAAGAAAAUUGCCAGCGAGCUCUUCUAGUCAGCCAUGGAUGAAAGCGAAGAUGUGCCAAAAGAUUUUAUCAAGCUCAAGUCUGAAAAACUGUCUGUAGAUGAAGUGUCAGAGCUGGUCAUUUCACCAAACUGUGGGGCAGUGUCUCUGUUCAUUGAGUGGUUCCAAUAACUGAAGCAAGUGUAAUUAUUGCAGUGUCAUCUCCACACAGAACAGAAUCCCUUGAGGCUGUAACGUACUGCAUCAACACCUUAAAAGCGUUCGUCCCAAUAUGGAAAAAGGAGAUUUAUGAGGACGAAUAUUCUUGGAAAGAAAACAAGGAAUGCUUUUGGGCAAAUUCAGAAAAAUAACUGUACUCUUUCAUAAAUAAAGUGUUACUGCUCCUGAUGAAC